GCCUCGGCGCACACCCGGAAGCGGCUCGGUGCAGCGGAGCCUGGCGGGCGUGGGAACCCAGGCCCGGCCAAGGCGGGCAGGAGGCAAGAUGGCAGCUGGGCCAAAUGGGCACGAAGAGUGGGUGGGCAGUGCAUACCUGUUUUUGGAAUCCUUACUGGACAAGGUGGUUCUGUCUGAUGCCUAUGCACACCCCCAGAAGAAGGUGGCAGUAUACAGGGCUCUACAGACAUCAUUGACAGAGAGCGCCGAGAGCCCAGACGUGCUGCAGAUACUCAAGAUCCACCGCAGCGACCCGCAGCUGAUUGUGCAGUUGCGUUUCUGUGGGAGACAGCCCUGUAGCCGCUUCCUCCACGUCUACCGGGAGGGAACUCUGCGCGCCAAGCUGCAAAGUUGCUUGGCAGCAGCGCUGGCCCAACGCUCUGUACCGCUGCAGCUGGAGCUGCGCGCUGGUGCCGAGAGGCUAGAUGCUUGGCUGACGGACGAGGAGCAUUGUUUGAAUUGCAUCUUAGCCCAGAAGCCCGACCGGCUCCGGGAUGAGGAACUAGCUGAGCUGGAAGAUGCGCUCUGCAAUCUAACGUGUGGUUUGGAGGGCCAGGGUGAUAAUGUGGAUGUGGAUGUUGAUGUCGUCCCAGCCCCCUCGCAGUCCCUGGUCCCCUCUCCGCCAGAGGAAAAGCCACCGCCCUUGUCUGGACAGACGUUUCUGUUCCAGGGUCGGCCAGUAGUGAAUCGGCCACUGAGCCUGCAGGACCAACAGACGUUCGCACGUUCAGUGGGCCUCAAGUGGCGUAGGGUGGGACGCUCACUGCAGCGCAGCUGUCGGGCAUUGCGCGACCCAGCGUUGGACUCACUGGCCUAUGAAUACGAGCGUGAUGGGCUGUACGAGCAGGCCUUCCAACUGCUGCGUCGUUUCGUGCAGGCGGAGGGCCGCCGAGCCACACUGCAGCGCCUAGUAGAGGCGCUAGAGGAGAAUGAGCUCACCAGUCUGGCAGAGGACCUGCUGGGCCUGGCAGGUCCUGAUGGAGGCCUGGCCUAGACCCGGUUCCAAGGAUGCAGCAGUCCACCACGAGCCCAGCAGCGUUUGGAGCAUCUGGAUGGUUCUAGAGUCCCUUCUGCUACUACUGUUACUAUUGCUGACCCUCCUUCCAAAUCCACUGGAACCCUACAUUUAAAACCUCUACUUCACUGAGCUGCUGCAGCAGAGUUGAGUGCCUUCUCCAGGAUCCAUAGGAACACCUGCUGAGCUCCUGGGACAUACCACUGGGGAUUCUGCUCUAGAUUCUUUGAUGGAGACAGUAUGAAUGUCGUUCCCAUCCUCCCCUAUCCCCAAAAGAGAAUCUUCUGGCUAGCCCUCACCCCCUUCACUCCUUGAACAGUGACUCCAUAAGCACCUGGAAUUUCCUUGUCCUAGGCACCACCCUGGGUGCUGCAAAUACUGUAGUGAGCCAAAUACCCAAAUCCCGCUUGCCCCAGCUCACUCAGUGUGAGACCCAAGUACUUAGCAAUGGUAAUAAAAUGUAACUUUCACUCAGG